GGCUGUAAACAGAAUCCUUCGACUAUGUGGACGGAGACAAUUUUGUAGAAUAUGUGUCCCUCUAGUUUGCGGCUGUUCGCUGAUGCUCUAACGGCCAUGAUGGAUAUGGGCAGAAGAGUAACCCUGUACUGUACAUUUUAUAGUGUGUUGUUAGCCCUGAGAGGGGCGACACAGUGUGGAGCCCCCCCAAGGUGACAGAUGGUGAUGUCACUUCCUGUGCUGUAGCUGGCUCCUGCAGAGACUUUUAUUAAGAUGACUUCUGAGGCAACUAUUGCUCCAUCCAGGAACAGACUCCCAAACCAAGGCUACAGAGACUACUACUGGCUGCGCUCUUUUGUGGCAGGAGGUGUUGCAAGCUGCUGUGCAAAAACCACCAUUGCACCUUUGGACAGGAUCAAGAUUUUGCUACAAGCACAAAAUGUCCACUACAGGCAUUUGGGCGUCCUAUCUACAGUAUUCGCAGUCAGACAGAAAGAGGGGAUCCUGGGGCUGUAUAAAGGGAACGGAGCAAUGAUGAUCAGGAUCUUUCCAUAUGGGGCCAUACAGUUUAUGGCUUUUGACAAAUACAAAAAGUUAAUACGCAAGAAAAUUGGCAAGUCGGAACAUGUGCAUAGACUAAUGGCAGGAUCAAUGGCAGGCAUCACCGCUGUUAUAUGCACUUACCCCCUGGAUAUGGUCAGAGUACGUCUUGCAUUUCAAGUGAAGGGAGAACACCGAUACAAUGGCAUCAUACAUGCUUUCAAAACUAUAUACACAAAGGAAGGAGGUUUCCGUGGAUAUUACAGGGGACUUGUGCCCACCAUUGUAGGAAUGGCUCCUUAUGCAGGAUUUUCAUUUUUUACCUUUGAAACCUUGAAGACUACUGGACUCCAGCAUGCUCCAGAGCUACUUGGGAAACCAAGCUCGGACAAUCCAGACGUUUUGGUACUGAAGACGCCGGCUAGCUUGUUAUGUGGUGGCAUUGCAGGAGCAAUUGCCCAGACUAUCUCUUAUCCUCUAGAUGUAACACGCCGUCGGAUGCAGUUGGCAGCCAUACUACCAGAUUCUGACAAGUGCCGGACAAUGCUUCAAACCCUAAAAUAUGUCUGCAGAGAGCAUGGUAUAAGGAGAGGACUGUAUCGAGGCUUAUCUCUCAACUACAUCCGCUGCAUUCCCUCUCAGGCUGUGGCCUUUACUACCUAUGAGUUUAUGCGACAAGUUUUGCACUUAAACUAGUGUUUUUCAACUCUACUGUAACAUGAUUAUAGCACAUGUAGCAUUGUACAGUGUAAGGAUAUUGUUAUAUAAGAGAUAGAGAUAUUUUUCAGAAUGGCUUCCCUGGUUUAGCUACAACUUGGGAUAUGACUGAUUUUAGAACAAAACUAAAUUAAACAAAGUUGGUCUAUGCAGGAUCAUUGUAGCAAAAUUAUAAAGUAAAUUACUAUUGUUUUUUGUAAAACACAAACUUUUUUUAGAGUGAUUUUAUAAAGAUGUCUAAUAUCUUAAAUUAAUAAUUCUAAUCUUAAAUUAAUAAUUCUAGCUAUAACAGUAGAGUUUUGUUUUUCAAAUGAUAUAAAAAUAGAACAUUUUUGUCUUCAGUAAUUAUGAGUUUUAGUGUAAUUGUUGCAAUACACAAUUCUUGCACCAGUGCCUCCACUACUGAUGCCAUUUGUUUAUAGUUGGUCAUAUAUUUCAAGAUCAUUUUUUUUAUGAUUUUUACAACAACUGUAUGUUAAAUACACCAAGUCAGGAUUUGUAAUGCAAAGGGCGUGGGAUAAUACCCACAUCUUCCUUUAAAUGUGGACUUAUACCAGUUCACUUAUAGUCAUGGUGUCACAUACCAUCUAGUGGUUACAUUUUGCUGGCAUGUUAAAGGAUCAGAUUUAAACUUUGACCUUUCACAUUCCCGGUUUGUACACUUAGUGUGUGUGUGUGGUGUACGGAGCGGUCUCAUACUAACGUCAUUAACCACCAUUAUUAGUGUGUGUUCACUUUGGUGCUGUCAUAUGCAGCUGAAACUCAGGUCUUUGUACGUGUUGGGUUCAUGUGACCGGCAGUUGGGAGACCACUGGUCACCAUGCCGACGGUGGGAUCCCGGCUUUUAGAUGGAUGAGGGAAAUAUAGCGCAAGAAAGUCCCUUGCACCCUCUUGCUGUGUUCACCACGCAGUGGGUUUGGUGGCUCACUGCGCUAUUCCCUUCCCCCUCUGUGGGUGUCGUAAAUAGUCUCUAUUGUUCGACAUGUCGUCCUUCGGGCUGUUCACUAUGUGGGAUCCUGGCGUCGGUAUAGUGACCCGACCGCUGGUUACAUAACCACAUCCCCUUUGUACCCCUUCCUAUCUGACAUCCCCUCAGUUAUGUCCUAUUAUUCUGUAGUUUGAAUGAACAGUGAGCAGUAGUAUUAAGCUGACUACAUUAGUGUUGUUUUAAGCAGUAUUUCCAGAGAACAAAUGACCCGUAGGAACAAGUAUCUCUAGUACUAUAGUAUUUAUAUUGUAAGCAGGUAAUGGGCCACACCAGAAACAUGUCAUUUUAUUCUGUUACUCGAGUCAUUAUCUGAUUUGAAUGCAUUCUGUUUCAUUAGCUCUCUCCUCAGCAAUACAACACUGUACUAUCUGCACCUACUGCUGCCACAUUUACUGUCAAAUCAACAGACAGCUGAGAUGAAAAGCAGUAUUUUCUCUGUGAUAAACCACCUGACCUCUCACGCAUUUUUCGGGAACGCUGCACAGCUCCGCCCACUACCUGCCCCCAAAUUGCUGCAGCCUGUUAAUCAGACUUCGGGUCAGGGGGCACAGCCUGUAACGACACAGGAGAAUGGUCCUGUGCAGGCACCCCACUAUGGGAGAUGUAAACAAACCAUUAAGCCUUAUGUACUUAAUGAGCAUAACUAUAGCACUCCUUUUAUACUAUACUUUGUGCCAGUGAGGCCAAAAGUUUCUUAUUGAGACACUGUGCAAAAUUAUUACAUUAGGGUCAGUUAUGUGGUGCUCAGGGUUGUGAUUCCAUUUGUCACAUAUUUUAUGAUUGGGAGCCGCCAGCAUUGGCUUUUCAAGCACUUGAACCAUCAAUAAUCUGAUGUGGUCAUAGACCACCAACCAGUGGCACCCCUGCAAGUGCCCCCAGGGGGCUACGGGCACCCUGUUUUGGAACCACUGCUUUAUGCUAUACUUGCUUUUUUCUUUUUAGAUCUUUUUUCAAGACUUAAUGUUGAAAUGUAUGUGAAAUGUGUGUAUACAGCUCCAUUCCCUCAGGUUAUAGUUUUUGACUGUAAACGGUACAUGCUUUUGCCAUGCUUCAAGAACAUUCUGUAUACUUGAUUUAAUGCUUUUGUGUACAAGGCCUGAUGGGGCAUUUUGAAGAUACCAUAUAUUCUUUGUACUGCUCAACUAAAAUGCAUUUCCACUAUUCCAGGAAGUAUGUGUGAUUAUCACGACUUUCAAUCAAGACCAUAUUCAUAAUUAAACUUUAGUGUAGCUGUCAUUCAGUAUUCGUUUGUUUUACACUAUUUUAAUAGAUACAUCAUUAUAUGUAAAACCAGCAAAACUGUUUAAUCUAGCAGUAGAGGCAAUCCGCAACGUCUCUCCUAUUGUGUAUAUAGUCUUACCUGUGAACAAAUCUCCUGUACUUUUUGCUUUUUUGUUUUUAUAUCAGAUUGGCGCCGAAUAUUAAUUAUGUGACGCUGUGACACUGAAUACCAUGAUUGCUACUAUUUUGUCCACAUCUGUAGAAGACAUUGUUUUUAAAAUCAUGUCACUGUUACUGCACUGUUCCAUUCUUACAACAUUAAAUUUGAAUCAAAUUCUAA